GUUCUAAAAAAUUAAGUUGCGCAAGAAAUAAGUGAUUGCAUUAUCUCACUCAGUUUGCAGUUAUUUAGUCACUAGAAAAGUUGUCCCAUAUGUCAAGCAUCAUAUGUGUUAGAGAAACACAACUUGUGACCUCAACUAAAAGGUUGACAGGUUGACUAUAGAUAAUUUCAAUCUGUUCCGAAUUGAUUAAACAUUUUCGUAUAUUUUACUUUCUCGUAUACGUGGUGAAAGUUUAACCGAGAGGAACUGUACUGUACUGAUCAUUCAUUAGCUAAAAAUACUGAGUUAUCAUUAUGUAUAAUUACCACGGGCACAAUAUGUCAACUUGUACUUGUAUUUCUCCUUCUACGCCCAAUUGCGACUCUGGCUCGACCAAGACAUCGUCACCUUCAUCAGAAUGGAUUAUGACCCAUCGCUUUGAAUCAUCUACUAUUAUGGAACAGUAAAGAAUAAAAUGGAAUCUGCUUAGAUAUACUUUCCUCCGGGACCAUCAUGGGUUUGUAAACAGCGAAGGACCAAAGAGCCCCAUAAUUUGAGACGUCCAUCUCACUCAAUAUUCGAAAUGUCAGAUUCGGAUACUUCGGAUGGCAGAAUGGUAGAGGGAGAGGAGGACGAAGACUCUAGUUCUUGGGAAUCCCUUGAUGAGGAGGAUGUUGAUAUUUGCCACAAAAUAUCCCUCAAUAGUUUGGUGUUGGAGAAAGUGUUUGCGCAUUUAACAGUAGAGGAGCUCCUAAAAUGCAGAUUGGUGAACAAGCUAUGGAAUAGUAUUGCGCUGCUUCGGAAUCAUCUUGGUGCGAAAACGGUCAUAACCCUUAAUCAAAGCAAUAUAGAUCGACUUAACCAGACCUCCGAGAAAAUGCUUCUUCCGUUCUGCCAGCAAUUUGUAUUGACGUUUAUGAACCUGGAUGAGGCAAACAGUAGCAUUCUUCCUUUUAAGAAGGUGUUCAAAAAUUGCAUUUCCUUUCUGUCAUUGGAUUGUUGCACUGCAUCAAGGUCCAAAGUUGUAACAAGACUACUGAAAGCUCCUAAUUUAAAAGAGCUGAAAAUUACUGGAGCCCUACUGAAAUUCUCACCAGAAACGACCAUGCCAUUCCGCAGACUUCAUCUCACACGGCUACUCAAACUUGAACUAAGUGCUUCGGAUGAUCACAGUCAAGUGAGUUCAAGUGAGUUGAAGACCCUUCUGCAAAAUGCGAAAAUUCUCCAGUCAGUCACCAUUGGGAAUGGGUCAUCAUUAUGGAAAGACUUUGUUGAAUUUGCUUCUUCCGACGUCAAUUUGAACAAGAAUAUUAGUCAGCUCAAACUGUACAACAUAGCUGCGCCACUGGACAUUAUGGAUUUUGAAUUUCUUAAACGACUUCGACUUCGAUCUUUAUCAUUCCAAAAUUGCAUUGUUUUCCAACAUGUUUUACAAGGCAUACUUGAAAUAAGUGGAAACCACUUGCAAAGUAUUUCUGUUCUUGGGUCUCAGCAUGAAAUUCUAAGUCAAAGCUUCAUCAACGUAAUGUCUUUGCCACAUUUGUCAAAACUCACUCUGCCAAUCGAUGGAGUUAGCACGGAACAUGGGAGCAAUAUAGUAAUAUCAAUGCCAAGUUUGACAGAAUUCAAUGUAGUUGGACUUUUUCAAACAAAAUUUGUUUUGAACAAAUCUCAACUGCUAGCAAUUAAUAUUUACUCGUCGUACCCUUCGUAUACUGGGAAGACUCGUUCGUUUCGUGAAAGACGGGAAAUUAUAGAGCUGCCAUCGGAGAAACAAAGAGAAUUUUGUAAAAUACUUGCCAUUCUUUUACCUCAACAGCCAAUAAAACUUCAAGUCGAUUUAAAUGAACUGAAUAGUGUAUGUUUGAGGCGAAUUUAUAAAUGCUAUCCUGACCUACAAGAGUUGGUUGUGAAUAACAAUUCACGGAAUUGCUUGGAUGGGUGGACCGGGAUCCCAAUAAAAACUUGUCGAAAAAUUUCUUCGUGUCGCAGUUUUGCAGUUGCCAAUGCAAGUGAAGUGCAAGUGCUAACCUCUGUUUCGAGUCUAAAAAAGCUUAAACGACUUGAAAUAUCGAUUGCUGGAGAUCCUCCGAAAGCAGAAUUCACUCUGCUCUACAUCUUAUAUGGUAUCUGCCAACUUUCAUGUCUUGAAGAACUGAGACUUACUAACUUUACGAUCUCCGAUAUAGCAUUUGUCGCCUUGAAUAAGUCCUUACGCCUGAAAUCUUGUUACAUUAAUGGGUCCUCCGAAUUUUGGGAUCAAUUCAAGAUGAGCUGCCAAAAAACCAAAGUCAAAAGUUUUCUUUUGCCUCCCAGGCAGGAACCCAGCUUUAUAUCGCAACCAUUAAAUACAUCUAAGAUUUUACGAAAUGUUUUUGAAUACCUUUCUCAUCGAGAUAUUUUCAAUGUUCGAUUAGUAUCAAAGCUUUGGCACAUAUCUGGUAUCGGUGCUCUUCAUUCAAACUGUGAUCAAAGAUCGAAAAGGACUUAUAAUUUGGACAAGUACUUGGAGGUGUCACAUGUUCAUCACUCUUCUCAUUCUAAAAGUCAGGGUAGUCCAAACAAAACUCCGCGUGAAAUUCUCCUAGAACAACAGUCUCGUAAUUAUGCACAAGCUCUGGAAAUUUUGAGAAGUACGUCUACAGUUACCAGCUUAGUCAUUCGUGGAAUGAACAAGUCUCAGUUGGAGCAUUACCAGAGAGAAAAUUAUUCCAACAGAUUGGCAUUUAAUUGUAAAUCCUGUGAAGAUCGCAGGCAUAUUAUUUACUGGUUUUAUCCUGAUGGAAAUGACGAACUUCUAGUACCAAAAAUAGUUCAAAGUCCAGAACCUACAUCCCUAGUUUUGAUUGGAAGUUGGGGACGAAAAGACACUGGCUUGCUAAACUUUUUAGAAGAUACGGGAGGAAACAUUAACUCUAUAACUCUGCAUGGGUUGCUCUCAGAAGUUUUUGACUUGAUUCUUCCACGACUUUCAGCGAUAAGAAAUCUAGAAUCGCUGGUUAUCAUGCCAUUUAGUUCCGCGAGUGUGACAGAAAUUGGUCGGAAUCACCUGCAGAUUUUGUCAAACUCUUCGUUUGCAUUAAAAAAUUUGGCUUUAGUCAAGCUGCAAGUCCCCUCAGAAACAAUAGCUGACUUGGUAAAGUCUCACCGCUUUUCACUCCAAACUUUGAAUAUUCAAAAUCACGUAAACGUUUCCGACCGACUUUCCUUUACCAUUCCGAAUUUACAAGUUUUACAGCUGGAUGAACCCCCAGGGGUGCUACUGUUCACGACGUUAAAUAUUAAUCAGUCAAUCAACACGGUCUCCUUUGAGCGGUCCGGUUAUACUUAUAACCAAAUCAAAAGUAAGGCAAUGCCAAAAUUGGAACUUGCAGAUCAAGAUUUUGAACACUCUGCAGCAAAUAUUCUUUGUGACAUCAAUUUGUUCUUGGAAUGCGUCUCCAGUAAGCGUCAAAGUGGCCAAAAGUCUAUACUGCAAGAUAGUGCAGAUUCCUCAUUGAAGUUUCUGAGCCACUUUAGAUUUUUGACAUGCCUCACUUUGCGCAGUGUUCAUGCUCAUUAUGGAGUACUGCAAGGAAUCUUUAGAAAUUUUUCGCAGCUAGAAAAGUUGGUAUUUACUAAUACCACGGGCAUAACGGACGAGAUUUUAUGUGGGAUUCCGAAAUACCUGUUGGAUAGAAUGGACUUGAUGAAUCCGUUAAACUUUAAAAAUGCUCAAAAUGGACUUCAGGAACUUUCUAGUCCCUCUAUCCGCAAUUUAAAGAACUUGACAUAUCUUAGCCUAGAUGAUCAGACAACGUGCACUGACCUGUCUGUCAUUUUUGGAAUCAUACGACUUAAACGACUGGAAUAUUUUUCUUGCAAGAAAUGGAAGAUCACUGACGUUACAAUGCGUGCAGUUACUGAUAUGACGUCCAUCAAACACUUGAUCAUUCAGGGUUCAACGAGUGUAUCUAGUUAUGGAGUGCAGUAUUUUAACAACAAAACAAGAAAUCGCAUGAGUAGCUGAUUGGAGCUUUUUAAUAGUGGUUAAAGUUUUGUCAAGAUAUAAUGAAAUUUUGUCAGCAUAUUUUAUUAAAACACAUGGAAAAUUUUUAUAAACGAGUAACAAUAAAAUUAUUUUACUAAGCAUAA